GCAGCAGCAGCAGCAGCAGCAGCGUCGUAGUGUUGCCCAGAACACCGGCGGACCCGAAACCGGAGCGUUAACUCUCUGCCACGUCCUCUUAUAUAAUACUAUCUAUCUCUUACAUCCCUGUAUUGAACACCGACAAUAAAAUACAAUACAACAUUCAUUAAUUAUACCUAAUUAACUAUAUAGUAUUAUACGCUUUUAUCGUUGUUAUUCAAUAUAAUAUUAUAUAUUGUACCUACUCGAUUUGCGAAAUAACGGUGAAACGGACAAACCCGAUCCCGCCAUGGACAUGAAUCAAAUUUUGAAAGACCUUCCCAAGGAAAUGCGAGCUAUGCACAUCAAAGGAGAAAGAGCAAAACGUGAAUUGGCUGAAUUGGAAAAUAAGGAAAAGUAUGCUGUUAGGAAGUUGAUGGAGGCAACAUUACAAAAAAAAAAGGAGAAUGAGGCGAUGUUAAAAGCGGCUCAAGAAAGCUUGGAUUGCUUGAUACAAAAACUUAAUGAGCGUAAAGCUAAAAGUGAAAUUUUAAUGAAGAAAAUCAAUCAAAAACGCAGUAAUUCGCUCAUGGUAGACAUGCAGGAUAGAGAAGCAGCUCAAAACCAUGCUGAGAUCACCAAGCGAAUGAUGGAAAAGAUACAAGAACAAACUGAAAUCGUAGAAAAACAAACGAUUAUACUGAAACGUUCACAUGGAUCCAAAGAGUCGUCCAAAUACUAUCGUUCUAAGAUCAACAAUUUGAAAGCAGAGAUUGCUGAUAAACAAAAUGAGCUGGAUUAUGUGUUGAAUGUAUAUACCGGCUUAGGCAAAGCUUGCCAAGAGAUGCAUCAAAAGAACGUGAAGAAGUCUUCGGAAUGCAAGGAAAUGGACGAAAAUGCUACUGCAAUGCAAUCUAGCGUUGAUACUUUGAAUGGCGACAUAAAGAAGUUGACUUCUGAAUAAGUUAUAAAUGAAAGAAACAACUUUUUUUCAAAAUUGUUCAUUUCUUAUUUUUAUUUUAAUACAAAUUUGUACGGUAGUUCCCCUAUUUUAUUUAAUAUUAUUUUUUAGGCGCGAUUUCAAAAUCGUGAGUGUUUGAAAGUGUGCUCGUGUGUGUUGUAAUCAAGUAUCCCUUCAUAAAUACUACCUACAUAAUACUUUCCUAUACUUUCUCCCAAUGGUGGAUUUUAAUCGAAUUCCGGAACUACCUACCUAUCUAUCUAAUAUUAUAUUGUGUUACUUGAAUAUAAAAAUAAACUAAACUGUCAUUCAUUUA